AUGUACCGCACAGCAGCGGUGCGAGCGCUCCGCGCAGCGGCCACACGAGCUCCUCUACUCCGCCAGACACCCGUCAUCAGAUCAGCGCCAACCUUCCAGUCAAAAGUCACACCAGUAUUCCCCGUUCCCAGCAUAAGAUGCUACUCGGCUCCGUCGGGUCUUUCGAGGGACGAGGUUCAGGGUCGCAUUAUGGACCUGUUGAAGAACUUCGAUAAGGUCACAGACGAGUCAAAGAUCACGGGCACAUCACAUUUCAGCAACGACCUUGGCCUUGACAGCUUAGACACCGUCGAAGUCGUGAUGGCCAUUGAGGAAGAGUUCAGCAUUGAGAUCCCCGACAAGGAGGCAGAUGCCAUCCAUAGUGUGGACCAAGCCAUCACCUAUAUCUGCGCCCAACCUGAUGCUCACUAA